AUGAACCCGCUGACCAAGGUGAAGCUGAUCAACGAGCUGAACGCGCGGGAGGCGGAGCUGGGCGUGCAGGAGGCGGUGUCGUGGCACGCCGAGUACAAGGACAGCGCCUGGGUCUUCGUGGGCGGGCUGCCCUACGAGCUCACCGAGGGCGACAUCAUCUGCGUCUUCUCGCAGUAUGGAGAGGUGGUGAACAUUAACCUGGUGCGGGACAAGAAGACGGGAAAGUCCAAAGGCUUCUGCUUCCUCUGUUACGAGGACCAGAGAAGCACAAUUCUUGCCGUAGACAACUUUAACGGCAUCAAGAUCAAAGGCAGGACCAUCCGAGUGGACCAUGUGGCUAACUACCGACCCCCCAAGGACUCCGAUGACUUGGAUGAAGUCACCAAAACCCUCCGUGAAAAGGGCUGUGGAGUUAAAACGCCACCUCACACAUCAUCCGAUUCAUCGUCAGAAGAUGACAGCCCACCAGUAAAGAAGCAGAAAGAUAAAGAGAGGAGCAGGCGAGAACGGCAGAAGCAGAGCCAGCGUGCUGCAAAGGGGUCCGCGUCUGCGGAGGAGUCACAGCCAAGAAUCAAAAUUAAAAAGGAGAAAGAGGAUCCUGCCUAUGACCGCUAUGCCAAUGUGAGUCAGCAGUCCUGGAAUGGGUCGGAGAAGAAACACGCGAGCAGGACGCAGCGGGAAGAGGAAGAGCAGAGGCACCAGAGAGCUCUGGAGAGAAGAGGAGACAAGAGCUACCAGGAGCAGCGGGGACAAAGCAGCUCGCGGAAGGAGAGAGCCGAGAGCAGCAGAAAGGGAGAAGGGCACAGCAGCAGGCGGGAGGAGCGUCUCGAGGGAACCAGAUCCAGGGACCACCGGGAGAGCAGUGCCAGAGAGUCGCACUCCCGGCGCAGGGAGCCGAGUACCACUAGGGAUUCCAGCCGUCGCUAGGCUGGGGAUGAGCGGCACCAGGAGCCGUGGCUGCUCCGACCAAGCGCCUGGGCUUAUCCAAGCUGUCAUGAAGCCUCYGGGAGGAUGUCACAGCUCGACUGCCGGUUUCCACCAGUUCUAGCAUUAGACUGAGGAUCUCCUCGAGGUUCUCCCCGUUUCUGGCGCAGUUGCGGCUGUGAAUUAGGUUGUUGCUUUGUUUGGCCCUUGUGGGCUGUGGCACCUUGCAGUGUUAACGGUGGUUGGCAUCAAGCUGUUCAGUGCCACUCGAAAGCCAUCCCUGGGCUGCGGGCAUUCCCUGAGCAGCCCCUGCCAGCAGCCCUGCUGGGACUGGUUCCCAUUUCCCUCCCCACAUGGCGCUCGCUCCCACUGCUCUCGUUGUGGUGGGAGAGGGCUGGGAGUCUUGAGGGCCACGGGAGCCAAAGGCAGGGUGCACAUCUG